UGAUGCCAGGGUCCUCCGCCGUGGGCGCAUGCUCACCACUCCUCUUGGACUUUCAGUCGCUCUGAACUUGGAGCGCAGCUGUGAAUUUCACUUCCUUGUUUCCUUUUUUUUUUUUUUUUUUGUCCUCUUAGUUUUCUUCAGUGUAAGAGAUCUCUUUCUCUCUCUGAGGCUGUCGCUGACCUGACCCCUCCCAGGAAUGCUAGCUCACUCUCACCUCACAUCCAGUAUUCCUUCCUUGGCUGGGGAUAGCCUUAGGAUAGCCUUAGUCCCUCAUGGCUUGAGAUUGCUUUGCUCCUGUGUUAAAUACCUGCUAUUGGAACUCAAGCUGCUGACAUAUAUUCCCUCCUGGGGGCGUUGUAACUGUGCUAGUUUUAUGGUAGAGGUAAUUGUUGUUGCCCUGGAUCCAGAGAGUUUGCCUUGCUGACGUUGGGUAACCGAAAUCAUAUCCCGAGCGUAGUUUGAAGUCUUAGUAACUUACUUAGGAGUCCAGAUACUAUAGCUGAUAAGCAGGCCCAGCCAGGAUCUGUUUGUUUCUACACCUGAAAACGUGGUGGGAAGGACAGCUGUUACAACAUGAUGCAGUGCGCUGCCGCAGGGCACCACAUCGUUGCAUUAGCAAAUUUAAGACCAGAUGAAAAGCAAGCGGAAUCAGAUGAACUAGAUAGCUACAUGUAUCAGACAGUGGGUCACCAUGCCAUUGACCUGUAUGCUGAAGCAAUGGCCCUGCCCCUGUACCGCAGAACCAUCAAAGGAAGGAGCUUGGAGACAGGAAGGACAUAUAUCAAAUGUGAAGGUGAUGAGGUUGAAGAUCUCUAUGAACUAUUGAAACUCAUUAAGGAAAAAGAAGAAAUAGAAGGGGUAUCAGUAGGUGCUAUACUUUCUGAUUAUCAACGUGUGCGAGUAGAAAAUGUAUGUAAACGGCUUAAUCUCCAGCCUUUAGCUUACCUUUGGCAGAGAAACCAGGAAGAUUUGCUCAGAGAGAUGAUAGCAUCUAACAUUGAGGCCAUUAUCAUCAAAGUAGCAGCUUUGGGCUUAGAUCCUGAUAAGCAUCUUGGGAAAACCCUGGAUGAAAUGGAGCCUUAUCUUUUAGAGCUUUCUAAGAAGUAUGGUGUCCACGUAUGUGGGGAAGGUGGCGAGUAUGAAACAUUCACUUUGGAUUGUCCUCUAUUUAAGAAGAAAAUCAUUGUGGACUCCUCCGAAGCAGUCAUCCACUCGGCUGAUGCCUUCGCACCUGUGGCUUAUCUACGGCUUUCAGGGUUGCACUUGGAAGACAAGGUGUCUUCGAUACCUGGGAAUGAUGAAACAACUAAUUAUAUACACAAUUCUUAAAAUCUGCACUGAAUUUUAAAAAUUACUAUGACCAACUUUUCUCAUUGCAUUUCAGUGAACCCUUCUCUGAUAUUGCCAAUUUCUUUAACUUACUUUCUUUAAAAGAAAAAAAUAAUAAUUUCUAUCCAGUCAUGGUGGCACAUUCUUUUAAUCCCAGCAUUCAGAAGGCAGGGGCAGACAGUUCUCUUUGAAUUCAAGGCCAGACUAGUCUACAGGGAGAGUAACUCCAGGACAUCAAGAAAUCUGUUACACAGAGAAAUCCUGUCUCAAAAAAACCAAAUAAAACAAACAAACAAACAAACAAAAAA